CAACCAAGUUUGGUUUGGGUUAAUAGUGGGGAAAAUAGAUGGAAUUAUAGUGGUUUGGGUUAAUAGUGGGGAAAAUAGAUGGAAUUAUAGUAAAUAACUAAAAAAAAACAUCCUUGGAUAGGGGGACAGCCACACCAAAAUUGCCUUUGCCGUCAAAUGCUCAGUUCCAAUUUGCCAAAGCGAAAAGCUUUGUUCUUCUUGGUGGUGCACACUCUCCACGCGUAUUUUUAACGUCAUUAAUCGAUUCUUCUUCUAAUUUCUCUCUCCUUCUUCUUCUUCUUCUUUUUGAGCUUAUCGUCGUUGGAUUCGAUGCCUUGAACCAAAGAUCCGAUACGCAUUUUUUAUACAAUUUUUUUAACAUUUUAGGGUUGGAUUUUCAGCAGUUAGUGGUCAGGGUAGGGGUUUUUAUGGCGGUGACUUUACAGAGCCUUCGCUUUUGUGGACUGGCCGCAUCUGGUCCCGCCGGCGGAAGCUUCGAAGCGCUAAACCGUAUACUCGCUGACCUCUGUACCCGUGGCAACCCUAAGGAAGGAACUUCAUUAGCAUUGAAGAAGCAUGUGGAAGAAGAAGCUCGUGACCUUAGCGGGGAAGCGUUUUCUCGUUUUAUGGACCAGUUAUAUGAUCGAAUUUCGAGCCUGUUGGAAAGUAACGAUGUUGCACAGAACAUGGGAGCUUUAAGAGCUAUUGAUGAGUUGAUAGAUGUCGCACUUGGGGAGAAUGCCUCCAAGGUUUCCAGGUUUUCUAAUUAUAUGCGGACUGUUUUUGAGACUAAGCGUGAUCCUGAAAUACUAGUCCUUUCUAGUAAAGUUCUUGGCCAUCUUGCGAGAGCUGGUGGGGCGAUGACUGCGGAUGAAGUGGAAUUUCAGGUCAAAACUGCCCUGCAGUGGCUUCGUGGGGAUAGAAUAGAGUAUCGCCGUUUUGCUGCUGUCUUAAUUUUGAAGGAAAUGGCAGAAAAUGCUUCCACUGUAUUCAAUGUUCAUGUACCUGAAUUUGUUGAUGCUAUUUGGGUUGCAUUGAGGGAUCCGACGUUGGCUGUUCGUGAGCGUGCUGUGGAGGCAUUGCGAGCGUGCCUUCGCGUUAUUGAAAAACGUGAGACACGUUGGCGUGUGCAGUGGUACUAUCGAAUGUUCGAGGCUACGCAAGAUGGAUUGGGAAAAAAUGCUCCUAUUCACAGUAUACAUGGUUCUUUGCUUGCUGUUGGAGAGCUUUUGAGGAACACUGGUGAGUUCAUGAUGUCAAGGUACAGAGAAGUAGCUGAAAUUGUGCUUAGAUACCUAGAGCAUCGAGAUCGCCUUGUUCGCCUUAGCAUAACUUCUUUGCUACCUCGCAUUGCACAUUUCCUGCGUGACAGAUUUGUCACAAACUACUUGACGAUAUGCAUGAACCAUAUCCUUACAGUCUUAAGAAUACCAGCUGAACGUGCCAGUGGGUUUAUUGCCCUUGGGGAGAUGGCUGGUGCUUUGGAUGGAGAGCUGGUCCACUAUUUGCCGACAAUUACUUCUCACUUACGUGAUGCAAUUGCUCCACGAAGAGGUAGACCCUCGCUUGAAGCUUUGGCUUGUGUUGGAAACAUUGCGAAAGCCAUGGGACCGGCAAUGGAGUCCCAUGUUCGUGGUCUCCUUGAUAUUAUGUUUUCUGCUGGUCUUUCUCCUACACUUGUUGAAGCUCUUGAGCAAAUUACAGUCAGUAUUCCGUCUUUGCUUCCCACUAUUCAAGAUCGGCUUCUUGAUUGCAUUUCCUUGGUUCUUUCGAAGUCCCAUUAUUUUCAGGCAAGGCCAGCUGUGGCUCGAGGCACUGCCACAAAUAUUCCCCAGCCUGUGGCUGAGCUUAGUGGUUCGGCCCAUGUUCAGCUUGCUUUGCAGACUCUUGCUCGUUUUAAUUUCAAGGGACAUGAACUUCUUGAGUUUGCGAGAGGAUCGGUUGUUCGUUAUCUUGAUGACGAGGAUGGAGCCACACGAAAAGAUGCUGCUUUAUGUUGUUGCAAAUUAGUUGCAAAUUCCUUUUCUGAUAUCACAUCCUCACAAUUUGGUUCUGGUCGGUCUAGCCGAGCUGGAGGGAAGCGAAGGCGUCUUAUUGAGGAGCUUGUGGAGAAGCUUCUCAUUGCAGCUGUUGCAGAUGCUGAUGUUACUGUUCGCCAUUCAAUAUUUUCCUCUCUCCAUGGAAAUAGAGGUUUUGAUGAUUUUUUAGCACAGGCUGAUAGCCUGAGUGCGGUUUUUGCUGCUUUAAAUGAUGAGGAUUUUGAUGUGCGAGAAUAUGCAAUAUCAGUGGCUGGGAGAUUGUCAGAGAAAAAUCCGGCAUAUGUUCUUCCAGCACUUCGUCGUCAUCUCAUACAAUUAUUGACAUACUUAGGGCAAAGUGCAGAUAACAAAUGCAGAGAAGAGAGUGCCAAGUUGCUCGGUUGUUUAAUACGCAACUGUGAACGACUAAUACUCCCAUAUAUCGCCCCAGUGCACAAGGCUCUUGUGGCGCGACUACUUGAGGGCACUGGAGUUAAUGCCAAUAAUGGUUUUAUCAGUGGAGUUCUUGUGACUGUGGGAGAUCUUGCUAGAGUGGGUGGUUUUGCAAUGAGAGAAUAUAUCUCCGAACUUAUGCCUUUAAUUGUUGAGGCAUUAUUGGAUGGGGCAGCUGUCACAAAACGUGAAGUAGCUGUUGCUACUCUUGGUCAAGUUGUACAGAGUACCGGGUAUGUCAUAGCUCCAUAUAACGAAUACCCUCAAUUGCUUGGCUUACUUCUGAAAUUGUUGAAUGGUGAGUUAGUGUGGUCUACCAGACGAGAAGUACUGAAGGUUCUUGGUAUCAUGGGUGCUUUGGAUCCCCAUGCGCAUAAAAGGAAUCAGCAAAGCCUAUCUGGGUCACAUGGAGAUGUUACCCAUGCUGCCAGUGAUUCAGGUCAACAUAUUCCAUCAUCAAUGGAUGAACUACCUAUGGACCUUUGGCCAUCAUUUGCUACAUCUGAAGAUUACUACUCCACUGUUGCUAUCAAUUCUCUCAUGCGAAUUCUUAGGGAUCCUUCUCUUGCCAGUUACCACCAAAAGGUGGUUGGAUCUCUCAUGUUUAUUUUCAAGUCAAUGGGUCUGGGUUGUGUUCCAUACUUGCCAAAGGUUUUGCAUGAUCUCUUUCAGAUUGUUCGUACAUGUGAUGAUCAUCUGAAGGAUUUUAUAACAUGGAAGUUGGGCACUCUUGUGUCCAUUGUGCGUCAGCAUAUUCGUAAAUAUUUACCGGAGCUGCUAUCUUUAAUUUCCGAACUAUGGUCAUUAUUCAGCUUGCCAGCCAGUACUCGCCCUUCACGUGGUUUUCCGGUACUGCACCUAGUUGAGCAGCUUUGCUUGGCUCUCAAUGAUGAAUUUCGGAAGUAUCUUCCUGCUAUUCUUCCUUGUUGCAUUCAAGUUUUGAGCGAUGCAGAACGUUGCAAUGACUACACCUAUGUUCUUGACAUUCUCCAUACCCUGGAAGUGUUUGGUGGGACAUUGGAUGAACAUAUGCAUCUACUUCUUCCUGCCCUUAUUCGACUGUUUAAAGUGGAUGGUUCUGUGGAGAUAAGACGUGCUGCUAUCAGAACUUUGACAAGGUUGAUCCCCUGUGUUCAGGUUACAGGUCACAUAUCUUCUCUAGUGCAUCACUUGAAGAUAGUUUUAGAUGGGAAAAAUGAUGAGCUCCGUAAAGAUGCUGUUGAUGCACUUUGCUGUCUGGCCCAUGCCCUUGGAGAAGACUUCACUAUUUUUAUCCCAUCUAUACACAAACUUUUGUUGAGACACCGCUUGCAGCAUAAAGAAUUUGAGGAAAUUGAAGGUCGUUUAAGGCGACGUGAACCAUUAAUUGUGGGGAGCACAGCAGCACAAAGAUUAAGUCGACGACCUCCAGUGGAGGUUGUUAGUGACCCACUAAAUGAUAUGGAAAAUGAUCCUUAUGAAGAAGGGAACGAUGUGCAAAAACAUCCUAGAGGUCACCAGGUCAAUGAUGGGAGGUUACGCACUGCUGGGGAGGCUUCUCAGCGUAGUACCAAAGAAGAUUGGGCAGAAUGGAUGAGGCAUUUUAGCAUUGAACUCUUAAAAGAAUCUCCUUCUCCAGCACUACGAACCUGUGCUCGGCUUGCCCAAUUACAGCCUUUUGUUGGGCGUGAGUUGUUUGCUGCUGGUUUUGUUAGUUGCUGGUCUCAACUUAAUGAGUCUAGUCAGAGGCAGUUGGUUCGAAGCUUGGAGAUGGCAUUUUCUUCUCCUAAUAUCCCUCCUGAAAUUUUGGCUACUCUUCUCAACUUGGCUGAAUUCAUGGAACGUGAUGAAAGACCUCUCCCUAUAGAUAUUCGACUUCUUGCUGCACUUGCUGAAAAGUGUCGAGCAUUUGCUAAGGCACUACAUUACAAAGAAAUGGAAUUCGAAGGUGCCCGCUCAAAGAAGAUGGAUGCUAAUCCUGUUGCUGUAGUUGAAGCUCUCAUACACAUAAAUAACCAGUUACACCAGCAUGAGGCUGCUGUGGGGAUAUUGACUAAUGCUCAACAAUAUUUGGAUGUUCAGUUGAAGGAAUCAUGGUAUGAGAAAUUGCAGAGAUGGGAUGACGCUCUUAAGGCAUACACUGCCAAAGCCACUCAAGCAUCAAGCCCUCACCUCGUACUAGAAGCUACCCUAGGACGGAUGCGAUGCCUUGCUGCAUUGGCUCGAUGGGAAGAGCUCAACAACUUGUGCAAAGAGUACUGGACUCCAGCAGAGCCCUCAGCUCGACUGGAAAUGGCACCAAUGGCUGCAAAUGCUGCUUGGAAUAUGGGUGAAUGGGAUCAAAUGGCUGAGUAUGUGUCUCGAUUAGAUGAUGGUGAUGAAACCAAACUUCGGGCUUUAGGGAACACUGCUGCUACUGGUGAUGGAAGCAGUAAUGGUACAUUCUUCAGAGCUGUUCUGUUAGUUCGGAGGGGAAAGUAUGAUGAGGCACGUGAGUAUGUUGAGAGAGCUAGAAAGUGCCUAGCAACAGAACUUGCUGCUUUGGUUUUGGAAAGCUAUGAGCGUGCUUACAGCAAUAUGGUCCGUGUUCAGCAGCUUUCAGAACUAGAGGAGGUCAUUGAUUAUUGCACUCUACCUAUGGGAAAUCCUGUUGCCGAAGGGCGGCGUGCCUUGAUUCGAAAUAUGUGGACUGAGCGGAUACAGGGAGCAAAACGAAAUGUUGAGGUCUGGCAAGUGCUUUUGGCUGUUAGAGCACUUGUUUUACCUCCAACAGAAGACAUUGAAACCUGGCUCAAGUUUGCUUCUCUCUGUCGGCAGAAUGGAAGGAUUAGUCAGGCUAGGUCUACCUUAAUUAAGCUCUUACAGUAUGAUCCAGAAACUGCUCCUGAAAAUGUAAGAUACCAUGGCCCUCCUCAAGUAAUGCUGGCUUACUUAAAAUAUCAAUGGUCACUUGGAGAUGAUCUUAAACGAAAGGAAGCAUUUUCCAGGCUGCAGAAUUUGGCUAGGGAGCUUUCAAUCUCUCCAAAUAUUCAAUCCAUUCCAUCAACUGCUUCAAUGAAUGGUACAAGUGCAAAUGUUCCACUUCUGGCCCGUGUGUAUCUUAAACUUGGAGCUUGGCAAUGGACACUCUCAUCACCUGGAUUGGAUGACGAUUCUAUACAAGAGAUCCUUUCAGCAUUUAGGAAUGCCACUCAGUUUGCGCCGAAAUGGGCAAAAGCAUGGCACGCAUGGGCAUUGUUCAAUACAGCUGUCAUGUCUCAUUACGCCAGAGGCCUUCAAACCAUCGCCUCUCAGUUUGUUGUUUCAGCUGUCAAUGGAUAUUUCCAUUCGAUAGCAUGUGCAGCAAAUGCAAAAGGUGUUGAUGACAGCCUACAGGAUAUACUUCGCCUUCUUACCUUGUGGUUUAACCAUGGAGCUACUGCAGAAGUUCAAAUGGCCCUACAAGUAGGAUUUGCCCAUGUUAAUAUCAACACAUGGUUGGCUGUUUUACCUCAAAUAAUCGCCAGAAUACAUUCAAAUAACCAUGCUGUGAGAGAACUUAUACAAUCACUUUUGGUGCGAAUUGGACAAAGUCAUCCCCAGGCUCUUAUGUACCCUCUACUUGUUGCUUGUAAAUCCAUAAGCAAUUUGCGCAAAGCAGCAGCUCAAGAAGUGGUUGAUAAAGUGCGUCAGCAUAGUGGUGUACUUGUGGAUCAGGCACAAUUGGUUUCAAAGGAACUAAUCAGGGUUGCAAUACUUUGGCAUGAGUUAUGGCAUGAGGGGCUAGAAGAAGCUAGUCGCCUAUACUUUGGUGAACAUAACAUUGAAGGGAUGCUGAAAGUCUUAGAGCCAUUACACGAGAUGCUUGAGGAAGGGGCAAUGAGGGACAAUACUACUAUAAAGGAGAGAGCAUUCAUAGAGGCAUACCAUCAUGAUUUGUCUCAGGCCUAUGAGUGUUGCAUGAAAUAUAAGAGAACCGGAAAAGAUGCUGAGCUUACUCAGGCAUGGGAUCUCUAUUAUCAUGUUUUCAGGAGAAUAGACAAGCAACUUCAAAGUCUUACUACCCUGGACCUGCAGUCUGUUUCUCCUGAGUUGGUAGAAUGCCGUGAUUUGGAGCUUGCUGUACCUGGGACAUACCGUGCAGAAUCGCCAGUGGUAACCAUUGCAUCAUUUGCACAUCAACUUGACGUGAUAACCUCAAAACAGCGCCCUCGGAAAUUGACUAUUCAUGGGAGUGAUGGUGAAGAUUAUGCCUUCUUACUAAAAGGGCACGAAGAUCUUCGCCAAGAUGAGCGUGUCAUGCAGCUAUUUGGCUUAGUGAACACUCUCUUGGAAAACUCCAGAAAAACUGCAGAGAAGGAUCUGUCUAUUCAGCGAUAUGAAGUCAUACCCCUAUCUCCAAACAGUGGGUUGAUUGGAUGGGUCCCUAAUUGUGACACCUUACACCAGCUCAUAAGGGAGUACAGAGAUGCUAGAAGGAUCACCCUAAAUCAGGAGCACAAAUUUAUGCUAAGUUUUGCACCGGAUUAUGACCAUUUACCACUCAUUUCUAAAGUAGAAGUAUUUGAGUAUGCUCUACAAAAUACUGAAGGAAACGAUCUGGCGAAAGUUCUUUGGUUAAAAAGUCGUACUUCUGAGGUGUGGCUAGAGAGGAGGACAAAUUAUACUCGAAGUUUAGCAGUAAUGAGCAUGGUUGGUUACCUCCUCGGCUUAGGUGAUCGUCACCCAAGUAAUCUCAUGCUACGGCGCUCUAGUGGAAAGAUCUUGCACAUAGAUUUUGGAGACUGUUUUGAAGCCUCUAUGAACCGGGAAAAGUUCCCUGAAAAGGUUCCUUUUCGUUUGACUAGAAUGCUUGUGAAAGCCAUGGAAGUCGGUGGUAUCGAGGGCAAUUUCCGCUUGACAUGUGAAAAUGUGAUGCAGGUUCUCCGGUCAAAUAAGGAUAGUGUUAUGGCUAUGAUGGAGGCAUUCGUUCAUGAUCCUCUCAUUAAUUGGCGUCUUUUCAAUUUCAACGAAGUUCCGCAAAUGUCAAUUUUUGCGAGUACACAUGGCACUGCUGUCACAAACACGGAAGAAACUGCUCCAAGUAAAGAGCUUGCUCAACCUCAGCGAGGGGCUCGGGAACGGGAACUUCUUCAGGCUGUUAAUCAACUUGGUGAUGCUAAUGAGGUUUUGAACGAGCGAGCUGUGGUGGUUAUGGCUCGUAUGAGUAACAAACUUACUGGACGCGACUUUUUGUCUUGCUCCUCAAUACCGACAGCCUCUUCUAAUAUCCAACAUUCAAUAGACCACAGCACCUUAAUUUCGGGAGAUAAUCGAGAAGUGGAACAUGGUUUAUCUGUUAAACUGCAAGUUCAAAAGCUAAUAAUCCAAGCUACUUCCCAUGAAAAUUUAUGCCAGAACUAUGUUGGGUGGUGUCCCUUUUGGUGAAGAAAAACAAAUGUAUAUUUUGUAUAAAACCUGUACAUAUCUGUAUUUAAUGUAAAUAUGUUGUUUUCUUUUCAUUCUUCUUUCUCUUUGUUAGUAUUGAAGAUAAAAUAAAAUUAUUGUGGUAAAUCUAUUUAUCACAUUGAAUUAAGUUAUCAAUUUCUUUUUCCCAUACAAAACAAA